UUUCAUCCAUGGGCCCAUGUAGACACCUGUUACAAAACCUCUUAGCACAUAGCACAGUAUCUUGAGGGAAAAAAAGUUGUCCACCUUCCGGGAAUGAGAUUGUUUUGGCAUUGCUCAAACGACUUGUAGAGGAGGUUUCGUGGGAAACACCAAGAGGAAGAGCGUGGAAGUGGUGGACAGACUACUUGAAGGGCUUUGAACGUCUGCCAGGGUGAGCCUGUGGGACAGGGCACAGUCAAUUCCCCCACCAGCCUCAACAUCGUCCUGGCUGCACCCAUGAAAGGAGAUAGCUGGGUGAGAGGUUCAGGAUGCUGGAGGUGAACGUGGCCUUUCUGACCGAGUCGGAGCGGGAGGUCAUCCUGGAAGUGCUAAAGAGAGAUGAGGAGCUCAGACGGGCUGAGGAGCUGAGGGUCAGGAGGUUGAAGCUGGAGGUGCUAGACAUGAAGCGGAAGGGGGCUAAGCGCGGCAGCGGCCGGUACAGCGAGCGCAGUUGCGGUCGGUGUCAGGAGUCCCUGGGCAGAGUCCUUGGCGGGGCGAGCCAGUGCCGGGUGUGCAAACACCACGUUUGCCGGAACUGCCGCCUGGUGCAACCCAAUGGUGCCUGGGUGUGCACUGUGUGUUCCAAAGAAGUUGAUCUAAAGAAGUGCUCCGGAGACUGGUUCUACGACCAGAGGGUGAACCGGUUCUCAACAGCUCCAGGGCAUGAUAUUGUCCGAGCCUCACUCAAGAAGCGCCCGCCCUUGAAGAAGCGAGAGACUGCGGGGGACCUGCUUUUGAACAGCACAGAGUUAAAGCCCAGCCCAGCUGCUUCAGCUGUUCCAGUCCCACGACCCAGAAAGAAGGACCAUGCUCCCUCCAACAAGGGGCAGCUGUCAAACGUGUUGGAGCUGCCUGAGGCGCGGGAGCCGCAGCGGAGCGACACAGAGUCGGCCGAGAAGUCCAGCCUGUGCAGCAGCCGCACCAGCACCGAGUCAUCCCACAGCACUCCGGCUCUUCCCCGGAAAGGUAUCAAGUCUCCUCAGCACAGUCCUGCAGGCUCCACAGUGUCCAGUCUCACUCAGCACAGUCCUGCAGACUCGACAGUCUCCAGUCUCGCUGGGCCGUCCAAAUCCAGCAAGCCCCCCAGUCCCAUACCUGAACCAGAGACCGCCUCUUUGAGAUACAGGCUCAAUCAGCCCUCAGAAGUGGCGGACCCAGAGGUUGAUAGGCUGUUCAAGAAAAGCGUCAGACGGGUGCACAAAAUCUCAGGUAGUCGGCCGACAUCGACUUUAGACCUGCGUGAAGAUGGUGUCCGCACCACAGACGGGUCAAUGGGUGACCGGAGCAAGUCUGUACCUGGCCUGAAUGUAACUGACGAUGAAGAAGAUGAAGACAUUGAUAACCUGGUGACCAUACACAGAAGGAUUAUGGGUGAUAGCACCUCAAGUCUCCGCAGUUCCCCAAGCACUCUGGGCAGUAUGAUGAGCGUGUACAGUGAGGCGGGAGAUUACGACUGUGUGGAGGUGACUGGAGACAUCCUCUUCUCCAUCAGCUUCCAGGAGCGCAGCCAGACGCUGUCCAUCCUGGUGAAGGAAUGCCGGGGGCUGGCCUACGCUGACGCGGUGAAACAGCGCUGCAAUCCGUAUGUGAAGUGCUACCUCCUGCCAGACAAGUCUCGCCAGGGCAAGAAGAAGACGGCCACCAAGCGCAACAACAUCAACCCCAUCUACAACGAGACCCUGAAGUACUCUAUAAGCCGUUCUCAGGUCACCACCCGCACGCUGCAGCUCUCCGUCUGGCACUAUGACCGCUUUGGCCGCAACGCCUUCCUGGGAGAGGUGGAGGUCCCGCUAGACUGUCACGACAUCGACUCUGGCCACCAGCAGUGUGUGGCCCUUAGGGGAAGGGUGCCCUCCUCUCUCCAGCACACUCCAUUCUCACAGUACAAAGGGGAAUUGGUGAUCUCCCUGAAGUACAUCACAGCCAAAAACACAUCGACAGAUAAGUCUAAAGCAGGAAAGAAGGGGAAAGGUAAAGGAGAGGCAGAGCUGCAUGUCCUGAUCAAAGAAGCCAGGAAUCUAACAGCCAUGAAGGCAGGGGGCACCUCAGACUCCUUUGUAAAAGGGUAUCUGCUGCCAUCCAACAGCAAAUCCACUAAGAGGAAGACUCCGGUGGCCAAGAAGACACUGAACCCGCACUACAACCACACAUUCGUCUACAAGGACGUGAGUGUGGAGCAGCUGAGGACCAUGUGUCUAGAACUGACCGUGUGGGACCGGGAGGCGCUGUCUAGCAACGACUUUCUGGGAGGCGUGCGUCUGAGCACAGGGACAGUCACUCUGCAGUCCGGCAAAGAGGAGUGGCUGGCGGAGUCUUCCCCAGAGGAGGUAAGCCUGUGGGAGCGCGUCAUGCAGUACCCCGACUCGUGGGCAGAGGGCACUCUUCCCCUGCGCGCCUCCAUGGGGAAGAGCAAAUGAGGACAGCCGUCCCCACAGAGAGGCUCACGACGAGGCGACAGCCUGCCACUGCGCCGGGCCUCUUACGAAACUCCCCUCUCGCUCCGCUAGCUCAGUCAACAAAGGUGUCGCGUACAAGAGCUGGGAUUAUCAUUUGUAAUGCUGAGUUCUACAAUGCCAAAGCAGAAUGUUUUAUAAAAUAGAUUUAAAGAUUUAAAAAAUCUACAUUUAUGAAGCAUAUACAUGUAUAUAUAUAUUUCUGUUGAAGGGAUUAUGUUCUAUAGUUGCAAAUUUUAUGUUGAGUUGUCUCUUUUAACUUUAGGUUGGAUGAAGAGUUGGAUUACAUUUGUAGUGUGUUUGUGUAUGUCAUUGUCAUCUAAUGGUUUUGUUUCACUGUGGUCAAAAUGCAAGGCAAACCUUGACUGACUGCAAAAUAGGUUGAACUCCACACAGAAAGAACACAGAAUUACACAAAAAAUAUCAGUUCUCAUCAUGUUUUAUUUAUAUGUUUGUUCAUUUUUUUAUUGUUGUUAUUUGAACAUGUUAACAGUUACUUAAUGUAAAUGUGUCCCUCUAUCGUUACACAUUCCUCUUCAGUGACAAACUGUCCAAGGACUCCAAACAUAACUUUUAUAUUCUCUGUUCUCUCCUUUUAAAUGCACUUUUUAAAUACAUCACAUAAAGUCAUUCACCUCAAAAGUAAUAUAAUAAACUUUCAACAAUCUA